AUGACUCUCAUUCGAGGCACGGGUCUUCCGACCAUAAUGGUCUCAAAGAAGUCCUUCGGCAACACCAUGUCCAUCCAAACAAAGAUGGAGGAGCUCGAGGUAUCCAAGUCCGAGUUCAACGACUCGAUCUUCGGCAUUCGAAUGGUCACCAUUGCCGUGGGACCUGAGAAGGUCAAGUUUGUUGCUCACGAGAAGGUCGUUUCUCAAUACAGCGUUUUCCUCCGCACCACUUUCGCCAAGGAGGACGGAAUCGAGUACCUCACUCUUCCCGACACUGAGCCCCAGACUUUCAACCACUUCAUGAAGUGGGCCUACGGUGCCAAAAUUGGCUCUCCCGACCUCAAUCGCCUUGCAAAUGGCCUGACUGCGUCAUCUUUCGACCUCGUGAAGCUCUACGUCUUUGCCCAGAAGUACGACGCCACGGUUCUGCAGGAUUCUACCAUCUCGGCCAUCUACUCUCAUCUGUCCGAUGGCUGUGAGAACUGGGGCACUCUGGGUUCCGACACUGGAGUCCUGAAGUACCUGGUCGACCACGUCGAUCCCGGCGCCCACUUGUACACCCUGGUCACUCGCGCGAUGGCCUACUGGAUGUUUUCUGCGGCUGCCCCGAAGCUGAUGGGUGGCAUGGCAUUCGACUAUGGAGGCUGGAAUACUACUUCUUUGGGAGGAAUCGACAACCAUACCAGUCUUUUCAACUUGAGCAGCUGGGGAGUGGCUGUGCCACAGGCAGUUGAGAACCAGAUCGUGGGCGAGGAUUGGGGCAGCGGUUGGAGCAGCCCCCAGAAAGUCAACAUGGACAGAAUUUUGGACAGCAUGCCCAUUACACUUUUGCGCCCGGUCGUCAAGGAGUUCAUCCGCAUGAAGUCUCUCGGUUGGUCGGCAUCCUCGACUUUCACGGCUUGCGUUGGAACUAAGUUCGACUACCAUCUGCCACGUCCUGCUCAUGAUCGCCACUAUGGACAGUGA